AUGGCUGGCGGCGCUGCUGUAUCAACGGGCACGGAGGGUUACCUCCACCUCCUCGACCCGAAGAGGCAAUGGUACAACAACAGGCGCAUCAUCACGCUUAACGCAUGGAUUGUAUUAUGCCUGCUCACCUCUUCGUACAACGGUUUCGACGGCAGUCUCAUGAACGGUCUUCAGACCAUGUCCACCUGGAAAGGGUACUUCCACAACCCACAGGGUUCCCAGCUCGGUCUUCUGAACGCAAUUCAAAACAUCGGUGGUCUUGCUGCCUACCCCUUCGCCUCGUACCUUGCUGACGGUCUCGGACGUCGCUACACAAUCAUUGCUGGUGCUAUUAUUGUUCUGGCGGCGACCGCCGUGCAGACGGCGUCUACAUCCGUGGGCAUGUUCAUUGGCGCCAGGUUCAUGGUCGGUUUCGGAGUUACUUGGGCUCAGAAUGCCAGCCCACUUCUGGUCACGGAGCUGUCAUACCCUUCAUACCGUGCGACCCUCACGUCUCUGUACAACUCCCUUUGGUACUUUGGCUCCAUCAUUGCCGCUUGGUCGACGUUCGGUACUGCGUACAUGACCAACAGCUCUUGGUCGUGGCGCAUUCCCUCCGUUCUCCAGGGUGCCCCCGCUAUUGCCCAGAUCAUUCUUCUGUGGUGGGGACCCGAGUCUCCUCGUUGGCUCGUUGCGAAGGGCCGCGAGGCUGAGGCUCUCCAGACCCUCGCGUACUACCACGCUGACGGCGAUGACACGGAUCCCCUUGUUCAGUACGAAUUCGAGGAAAUCAAGACCGCCAUCAACCUCGACCGCACCAUCUCCCAGAAUGUCGGCUGGAAAUCGCUCUUCACCACCGCUGGCAACCGCAAGCGCUUGCGGAUCAUCAUCGCCAUCGCAUGGUUCUCUCAGUGGUCCGGAAACGGCCUCGUCUCGUACUAUCUGACGAUCGUCCUCGACAACAUCGGCAUCACAUCAUCCGCUAUCAAGCUCCUCAUCAACGGUAUCCUCCAAAUCUGGAACUUCUUUUGGGCUUGUUUCGCGUCGGUUAUGGUCGAGCGUCUCGGCCGUCGCUUGCUCUUCAUCUCUUCGGCUGCGGGCAUGACUGUGUUCUUCACGCUCCAGACCGCGUGCUCCGCUGUGUAUGCCAACACGAAGAACGAGCAUGCCGGCCACGCUGUCAUCGCGUUCAUCUUCCUGUUCUACGCCGCAUAUGAUCUCGCUUUCACUCCGCUCAUCGUUUCAUAUACCGUGGAAAUCCUGCCGUACCAGAUUCGUGCCAAGGGUCUCGUGUUGUUCAACUUCGUCGUCACUUGCGCCCUCGUCUUCAACCAGUAUGUCAACCCUAUCGCGCUCGAGGCUAUCACCUGGAAGUAUUACAUCGUGUACUGCUGCUGGCUCUUGUUCGAGCUCGUCUACGUAUACCUAUUCAUCAUCGAAACCAAGGGCCUCAGUCUCGAGGAGACGGCGGCGCUCUUCGACGGUACGGACGCGCAGGUGUACAACACGGGCGUCCACGCUGCGGGCGCCAUCCCCGAAUCGCCUCGCGAUGAGAAGGACCACGACUUCAUUGAGAAGGCAUGA